UAAUUACGGGUUUUUUAGGUGGCAAAAAUUGACUUACAAUAGUUUAAUUUUUCUUUUUAAAUAAAAACUUGCUGUCUUAUCGUAUCAUUAUGAGACCUUUACAAUUAAAUGGUCAUACACGUCCUAUAACGCAAGUUUUAGUGAAUUCAACAGGAACCCUUUUGUUCACUGCGGGAAAAGACGGCAAUUUAGGUGUUUGGGAUAUGCAGGAUGGCAAUUUGUUAGGUUAUUAUAAGCCUUUAAUAGAUGGAAAAGAAAUUUCUAAAGUUAUAUGGUCUAUUGAUGUUACGUUAGAUUCCUUACUUUUGAUUGCUGCAUCGGCAGAGGGAGUUUUUAUUUUUGAUGUGGGAACAAAAGAACAAAUUUUUUAUUUAUGUUUGAAAAGUGUUUGUCGUUGUGUUCAAUGGAAUACAAAGCCUGCUCAUCAGAACAAAUUUGUUGUAGUGAGAGAUGCAUUUUCUAAAGUUGUAACUGCAGCUAUCACUAUUUACAAACUUAAUUUAGAAACAAGAUCGGUUACCGCUACACUUGAAAUUAUAAAUUUUGAAUCCAAGUGUUUGGGUGCUGCAUGGGGUGCUUAUGAUGUAACAAUUGUUUCACGACAUGAAAACGGUAUGAUAAUAGUGUGGGAUUCCGAAACAGGAGCUAAAAUAAUGGAGCGACAAGCUCACACUGAAAAUGUUUCCUGGAUGGAAUUUAGUGCGGAUCGUAGUUUAUGUUUAACGUGUUCAACCGAUGCAACAGCCAAAUUGUGGACGACGCAUGAUUGGAACGAAGUUCAAAGCUUUGCCACGGACCGUCCGUUAAAUAGUUGUUCUAUUUCUCCUCUUUAUUCACAAGAUGAGUCAACAAGACGUUUACAUGUUCUAUUAGCAGGAGGACAACAAGCGUCAGAAGUCACAACAACAAAAAUACAAGAAGGUAAACAAGAAAUUCUACUGGUUCACAUGGUCAGCGCGGAAUUAUUAGGAUUGAUUCCUGGGCAUUUCAGUCCGGUCAAUUCAGUGACAUUUUUACCAGACGGUAAAGGCUUUGUUACUGGAGCUGAAGAAGGUUUUGUUCGUAUUUAUCACUGGGAUGCUAGUUAUUUUGAUACAUCAAAACUAUCAUAAAAAAAUGGUUUAUAAACAAUAUGGUUGAAGCGUUACGCUACAAAAAUCAUGAUGAAGUGCUGCGCUUAACGUAUUGUUGGGUUAUAUGUUUUAAAUUAACAAAACAUUGGAAUGUGUUUUAAGUACUAGCUUUACAAUGGUCGCUUUUUGUGAUGUUGUUGUUUAUCAACAUGUUUUCUACAUUCCGUUAAUGUCUCUAAACUUUUUUUACUAUAAAAACAAAUGGUUUUAAAAACAUUAUGUGUUUUAAAUUUUUUUUUUAAAACAAAGUGUA